AGUGAGUCUUCUUGUGGAGGAGCUCCUGCUGGGCAGUAGAGGAAGAGUCCUUGUUGGUAUGAAGGCUUUGAUGUCAAGAAACAAGGGCAGAUGAUAUCCGAGGGACAUAAGAAUUAUGAAUUGAUGCUUAAUCUCCAACUGGGUAUCAGGUUGAUUAUUGGAUUGGAUUCUUUUGCUUUUGCUUUUUCAUCUGUUGCAUCUGUUGACGUUAUUUGGGUAUUGGGUUUUUGUUGGUUGGUUUUGUGUUUUGUGAAAUUCUUAUUGAUUUGUAGAUACUCUGUUGGGAAGAAUGCGUCCAUUACACGGGCGCUUAAACCAGCGGAUUUUGAUCCCAAGGAGAAGUUCUGGACUAGGUUUCCAACUGAAGGAUCGAAAUGCACGCCGCCACACCAGUCAGUGGACUUCAGAUGGAAGGACUACUGUCCCAUGGUGUUUAGACAUCUUAGGGAAAUGUUAGGAAUAGAUCCUGUGAAUUACAUGCUGGCUAUUUGCGGAAGCGAUGCCCUUAGGGAACUGUCCUCCCCUGGCAAGAGUGGAUGUUUGUUCUACCUAACACAAGAUGAUUGAUUUAUGAUCAAAACUGUGAAGAAAUUUGAAGUUAAGGUUAGUUGUCCAUACCCAACAUGUCAUUUAACCAAUAUCUGAAAUAGAGAGAUGAUAGAGCACUCAAAUAUAGAGAUUGAGAUUGGUUGUUCUUAAUUUAACAAAACAUUUGAAUCUGGGUUUAUUAGAAACUUAAUAUAGAUUUGCAUCUGGGUUCAUGACAUA